GGUGCGACACCGCUGCACUACGCGGCUCUCAACGGCCACACCGCCGCUGUGGAGCAGCUCCUCGCCGCGGGCGCCGCCGUGGAUGCUGUGAGCAACGGAGGCCAGACGCCAUACGACAUCGCCAAGCAGCAUGGCCACUGGGAGGUGAUGGGUGUGCUGGACCCGGUAUUUGUGGCCCUUCUCAGUGGCCGGAGCUGCAAAUGUAGUUCUUAUCACGAGACGGUGCAGGAAUUGAAGGAUGAAGCAGAGCAUGGCGUUGCCUGGCCACUGCUACACAAGACCCGUGAUGCUAAGAAGAAACUCGGAAUCACCAUCCAGCGUCUCAUUGGGGUGAACAUGGAACCAUUGAACGAAGCAAAGACUCUGGAAGAAGCCGGUGUUUUGCCUGGACAUACGUUGACCGCAGUCAUCGCGCCAGCAGCGGGGCAGGCUGAUGUCUCAGAGGCGGGUCGUAUCGAUGUGGGACAUCACAUUCUGCAGGGAGAGAAGCAGUUGCCAGAGGAUGAAGGCCGCAAAGAUGAUGGCGAUUUGCAAAAUCCCAACGACUUCAUUGAGUUCCUCAUCUCCGCGAACAUUCGGCUGGUCCGCGCUGAGUUUUUGAUCGAGCUGGAUGAGACUGGGACCCCCAUGCCUCGCCGACAAGAGGCAGAGUUCAUGCACGUGCAGAGUGGGGCAACUGCACUGGUGGAGCUUGGUGAGUACAAAGAGUUGCACGUGAAUCAAACAUCAGGACACGUCACAAUCCGCACGGCUGAGGGCCCCUCCACAGUGCGAUUCCGGUCAAUCUCCCACAUGUGGGAGGCAAUGGAGCAUCCGGAUCCCUGGGGAUUCCAGGUCGCCAGCAUUGUGGAGAGGUACCGAGAAUUACCCACGGAUUCGGUGACGUGGGUCUUCGUGGACUUCAUGUCGCUGUAUCAGUACAAGAGAUCUGCUGAAGAAGAUGAGUUCUUCAGGAAGGGGCUGAAGCGAAUGCACUGGCUGUACAGUCAUGAGAUUGUGCAGGUAGACAUCCUCACUGAACUCACGCCUGAUGACAAGAAGUCCGAGGGCGAGAUUUUGGUAUACAACGCGGCGGAAGACCAGAUGAAAGUUACCCCAAUCCGCGAGCUGAAACUCAACAGCACCCCGUACGAGCUUCGAGGUUGGUGCCAGAGUGAAUCUGAAUGGUCCCGCCUGCGUAUGGAUGUGCUUGGAGGUUGUGUUCCCACUCCUCCAGACAUCUUCAGGAAGAGGAUGCAACGGAUGCGGUUCACUCAUCGAAAUGAUGCCGAGCAGGUGCUUGCUUUGCAAGAGAAGGUGUUCAGAGACAAAGUCUCCAAGACAACACACUUGCAGCUCCAACAACUCUCUGGGGAUGACUUGGAAUGUCUACAUGACGCCUUGCCCCACUACACCAAACUGGAGUACAUGGUGGUGAACGGCAAUGCCCUGAAGGGGCAAGAUGCCGUGGCGAUGGUGACCUCAGGCUUCAGUGACAUCGGGACAGCUGCCCUUCGCAAAGUGAUGGAGCAGCGACCGCAGCUGAAGAUCCGAUUGUAG